AUGGAGCAACGCAAAUGUCAGGACGUGGGUUCAGGGCUCGACUGUGAAGCAAGCGACUGGCCACAGCUCUUUGUCCAUGGAGAGAAUUUGGCACAUAUCAUGCUCGAAUUUGGACUCCGCAAAUUGGUCUCCGCAAUCGCAGCAAGUGCUGAUUGGUUUUCUGCACUGGAAUUUCUGGAGGAGGCAGCUCGCUGGCACGUGCGCUUGGAUGCUGCUGUUUUCAAUGCCCUUGCCAAAGUCAGCAAAGAAUGGGAACUCUCAUUGUAUCAUGUGACAUGGACUCGGCAAUGUGGAGUGGACUGGACUGCACGCUCCCUUCGGAGUGGCUGUGCUUCUGGUGCACGCUGGCAACAAGGGAUGGACUUGCUGACGCUUUUCCAUCCUAUGCACUUGCGCCGCGAAUUGGUGGCGUUUGGUGCUACAAGCCAUCAAGCAGCCAGCAGUGAUCAAUGGACCAUUGCCUUAAGCUUCUGGCGGUUCUUGGGCAAGUAUGAUCUCGAGCCGAGUAUUGUUUUGUGCAACACUGCGAUAAAUGCUUUGUCAAAGACGGCACGAUGGCGAAGAUGCUUGCAGGUCUUGCAGACUGGCAUCGAAUCGCACAUGCGACCAGACCUGACGACCUUAAGCUCGUCGGUGUGUGGAUGGAGUGAAUCCUUAGAGCUUCUACAAAUAUUUCGACACCGGACAUUGACAAGCAAUGCCUAUACACACGGUGCCCUCAUGAAUUCCUUUGCCCAAAGUGCCAUGUGGGAACUGGGGACCAAGCUCCUGAGGCGCAUUCGCAGCAAAGUGAACCUUACUAUAUUUAACGCGUGUGUAAGCGCGCUUGAAAAGGGAGCAAGAUGGCAACAUGCCGUUUUCACACUUCAGGCAGUACACUGUUGUCGACUUGCUGACGCGAUUACAUUGAACGGAGCCAUCAUGUCCUGUCGCCAGAGCAAGAAAUGGGCUGAGGCUGUGUGCCUUUUCAGUCAGUUCGUGCUGGGCGGAAUCGAACCAACAAACAUCACCAUGAAUAGCCUCCUCACUGCCUGCGAUCUAGGAAGUUCUUGGCGUCAAUCCAUGGAGCUGCUACAUUGCCGGGAUCCUCCUCCUGAUCAGGACGGACAAAAUGCAGUGCUCAGUGCAUGUGCCAAAGCUUUGAUGUGGCGUGUUGGCCUUGAGAUUGCUCCAAGAGAUGAAGCAGGUUAUGGCACUUUGAUAACAAUGGCUCCAUGGAACUAUGGCCUGUGGAUACUGGAGGAGAUGUCUCCAAUGAAACCGUUUAGCUAUUCCUACCAGAGCAUUCUGUCCAACAUGGACAGCACAUCAGCAAUUUGCACCCCUGGGCUGCUGCACAGGAUAGCAGACGAAAUGCGUUCGAUCACAUCGAAGAUGAAGUCUUCGAGGAGUCUGUUCAAUGGCAGUGCUGGUGCCGCCCCAACUGGAACAACUGGAAGCGUGGGGAAAAAAGGUCAAGGGGAAAUGUGA